AUGACUGCUCCCAUUAGUCACCUCAUCGUGUGCAUCGUGAUGGCCAUCAAUGAUGACACGUUCAGUGGUCUGAUCGCCACAGAUGCCUCCCUACACCAUCACACUACCACCUCCGAAAGGUUCGACUUCAUUAACGCAACAACGGGCUCCGAAGCCGAGACUACAUCGGAACCUGAGUCUACAGCAGAACCUGAGUCUACAGCUGAAGCUGAGACUACAUCGGAACCUGAGUCUACAGCAGAAGCCGAGACUACAUCAGAACCUGAGUCUACAGCAGAAGCCGAGACUACAUCAGAACCUGAGUCUACAGCUGAAGCAGAGUCUACAGCAGAAGCCGAUACUACAUCAGAACCUGAGUCUACAGCUGAAGCCGAGACUACAUCAGAACCUGAGUCUACAGCUGAAGCAGAGUCUACAGCAGAAGCCGAGACUACAUCAGAACCUGAGUCUACAGCAGAAGCCGAGACUACAUCAGAACCUGAGUCUACAGCUGAAGCCGAGAUUACAUCGGAACCUGAGUCUACAGUAGAAGCCGAGUCUACAGCUGAACCUGAAUCUACGGCAGAAUCUGAAUCUACAGCAGAAUCCGAGGCUACAUCAGAACCUGAGUCUACAGCUGAGCCUGAAUCUACGUCAGAACCCGAGUUAACGUCAGAACCUGAGUCUAACAGCGUUAGUACAGAACCACUGUCAGAAAUCACAUCAGAACCGCAAGCAGAAACCACGUCAGAACCAAUAGCAGAAAAAGGGGCGGAACCGGAGGAGCGUCCCACAGCAAUUGAAAUUGUCCUGCCUCCAUUCAUGUUUAUUGCCUUCAUUUUGUUUGGUCUGUUAAUUCUCCGGCUGAAGGUCCGGUACGCAUCCCCCACCAGUACACUCAUCAACGUCGGCAAGAACAUCCUGCAGGGCAUGGGGAAACAGCCGGACAGCGGCAACAUCCUGACUCUCACCUCUCUGGAAAACAGCGAAGAGAAGGGCAGGAUCUCGCACGAUGCAUUUCUCACUCCCUUCGACAUCGAGGUGCUCGAGAGUCUGGAGACGUCGCACAACAACACGAAAGAGCUGCUGCGGAUCUCCAUACCCGCGCUUCUCUCACUUGCCCUGUGUCCUGUGACGUUGUUCCUCUACGAGCCGCUGACGACCUACUUCUGGCCCAAGGACAGGUUCUCUUCACCUCCAGACAUCAGUGACGCCAUCUCCUGUUUCCUGGCGCCGGCCGGACUCGUGUACGCGACGUCGUUCGGGUUCGCCUUCCAGUCCGCCUUGAGUAAGCAGCACGAGAUCCUGACGAAGAUGACGAACGAGAUCAGCAUGAUCGACCAGAUAGCGACGUUUGCAGCCAAGCUAAAUCUGCCGAAGCCCAGUAUGAGGAUAGAGAUCCUGGAGGCCAUCAAGGCGGAAGCCAUCUUCAUGAUCCUGCAGAUUCUCAACCGAGAUCCAUCGACCUACGCCAAGCAGUCGCCUGAUGACAUACAAAUAAAGAUCUGGUGCGUGCUGGACAUCCUGCGCCACGUGAACGCCGAGGUGAAACACCACGUGGACCGCGUCCUGUGUGAGAAGAUCAUGAACCACAUCAUGCAGCUCAACAGCAUCUGCUCCGAUCGGAUGGGGAUACUGCACGCCAGAAUUCACCCUCUCAAGUGGGCGUUCCUCGAAACCCUCGGCUUCUUCUCGUUCAUCGGGAUCCUGCUGCUGCGCGCCUACUCCUACAAGAUGGAGCUGCUCAUGUGUCUGCUCACCGUCUUCUCCAUCUCCAUGCUGUGUUACGUCGUCUCCGAUCUCGACUCGCCAUUCAGCGGAUUCUUCAGGGUCGACCUCAGCGUGCUGGCGGACGUCAUCGAACGGAUCGCCACCAUGCACGAGCUGACCAGAAUGGGUCAAGGUCACAUUAUCUUCUACCCGCCGAAAGGACAAUCUGUGUCGAAGAAGAAACUUUUGAAGGAAGUUCGGUCGUGGAUUUAAAUGCUGUCUCGCUUUAAAUUCACGGUCAUAGGGCUGUUUUAGAGUAUUUAUCCAACAGAAAAACAAGUGGCGAAUGAUUAUGUAUCAUAUAUUAAUAAUUAAACAUUCAAAAAAAAAAGAUAGUACGAAGAAAAGAUGUAAAAUAAUUGAUCAACUUUGCUUUAGACAGCAACUGAUCAUUGUCCGCGACAGACUGCCACUCCCCAGGACGACAGAUCUUUCAAAAUUCACUCACUGUAAGAGGACUGCCACUCUCAAGACUGGUUCAACAAAAAGGUUAAAAAUCCAGAUGUCUUCUCUUUCGAUAAUGACUAAUCAUUAACCUCUAUCAUGUGCUAGACUUAGAAGGAGAAACUCAGAAGUAAAUGCCCAGAACGGCGUGUUUGAACCGUAACUGAAUAUAAGCUGAGCAUGAAGAUAAAUUGAAAACAUUAUAAUAAUAUAUGAUGAUCAAAUUAUGCUAAAACUGAUAAUAAUCAUAUUAAUAAUAUGUAGUCAGUUUCUGAAAAUAUAGUUUGAAUAGUAUUAAAUACUAGUAAUACAGCCCAUAUACUAAUAUAAGUCCAAAACAAAUCUGUAACAAAGUGUCCAGACUGAAGCUAUUUGUAUGAGUGACUUUAUGAACAGUAAUGCCUGGCGCACACCUACCGAGUAAUUCCUCUCGACUGUCGAGUCGGCAGUGGUCUGAAAAUAUGCCUUUGUACACACCAGUCGACUCGACAGUCUAAUCGGAGAAAAACAGAAAAUUAGACGCGACUGUCGUGUCUUUGUCCUACACACAGCUAGAGAUUAACGCUGACGUCGACUGUCAAGUCGGCGUUAAUGGUAGGUGUGUGCCUACCAUUAUAACAGUGACGGCCUAGCGUAAUUUGUCGUCGAACUAGGCGCUCUUGAAUCUAGACUAUGUCCCGCCUACACUAGAAUUUGUCACCUGAAUAACACGAUGAUUUAUUUGGCGUCGUUGGCAAACAUUCAGCAUUACUCACUGACGGCAACACGAUACAUUGUCAACAUCAUCAACUGAGUAAAAUUAAUUUAUAUACUGUUACUGAGACAAAAAGGUUUAGCAACGUGGUAAUCGUUCUUAAAUGAAAGAAAACUUGUGACUUUCAAAAGUGAAAUCAGGCACUGAAUUUAAUUGAUGCAUCAUUUCUCACUAAAAAAAAAAAACAAAACGUUACAAGAGAUUUUCAGAACAGUGUAAUGCAUAAUUGUAACGUUAUUGAAUGUAGCCUUCGUGUGGCUUGUAUUUUAAAAUACAAUGCAGUAGUACCUAUUGUUAAAAAGAAAAGAAAAAUGUAUUCUUCGUAGUUUACAUACAAUUUUUAAUAAUAAUUAACUUUGAAGGUAUUCUUGAAACGACACUAUUAUUAUCCUAGCUCCAGUACUCUGACGUAAAGAGAGCUAGACGGACCCUGUCUAACCGUCAGAGACCAAUCUAUAUAAAUUCUGCGCAAUCGCUGCCUACCAAACAGUAGUCAAAGAUUCCCGCUCUAAUACAACAACAUUUGACGUUAAUAACUGUGCAAAUGUCCGUCUAACUCUCUUGCCAUCAGAGUACUCUGGCUACGAUUAUCCAUAUAUAUAUAUAUAUAUAUAUAGUGAAUUGACACGAGAUAAGCACGCACA